CGGCCUUAGCAACUCCUUCUCUCGACGACUUGGUAUGUUUAUUUCGUAUUUUAUUUUAUUUCUUUGUUUCACACCAGUCCCGCAGAAGGCCCCGUCCACUUGGCCACACAGGCCGUCGACAUGUCCAACCUCAACGUCCCAUACUCUCAUUUGUCCCAUUCUUCCUCUCGCUCCUUGGCAUCUAGUAUUUUGUACGACAUCGUUAACGUCUCCCCCACCGCCCUACACAUCGCCGACCGCAGAGAACUCAUCCAGGCCCUCCUCGACGACCUAUCCCUUCUUACCAAAGGUUCCAAGGAUGCUGCCUCCAGUCGUCUCACCCGUGACGAUGCUGCACUCGCUCUUCUUGCUCUUAAGUCCUUGGGCAAGAUUCCCGUUGGGUCCGAAGUGAUUGCUUCUCCGAAUAAUCUUUCCACUCUCGUCACCCUCGCAAAUACCCUCAAGGAUAAUACUGCUGCCUCUAAUGAAGCACUCAGAUGUCUCGCCAAUUGCCUACUGCUAAUCGACAACGCCCGAAUGACGUUCGUACAGAAACAAGUCGGAGGCGGAGAAGCUGCUGUAGAAUGGCUUGUUAAAGCUUCGGCUCCCGAGCGCGUUUUCCUAGUGUCUCGGAUCCUCUUUCUUUGUACCGUUUCGCUAGCCGCUUCUUCAUAUAUCCGAUCACUUGUCGAAACCAAACCUCACGGUCACAGCGAACCUAUCGUGGACGUUGUGGCAGCAAAGUUGGACAUGUUGCUGUACAACAUCCAAUCAGGUGACGCUUUCGCUAAAGAGGCCAUGAUCGACCUUUUGAAGAUGGUAUUCAAUUUGCUUGCCCACUAUCCCAAGAUCUGCGAUGACGCAAUCCCUACUUCUCAGCAUACUUCCGAUGACCAGAACAAAGUUCUCGGCGACUACUGGAGCGAACGCUUGGACGGUCUUCUUCCCCCGCUUUUGAAGCUGUUUAACACGCUUCCUCCGUCCGCGCCAGCACCAUUGCUACCUCCAAUAACGCACGUUAUCCACUCACUUAUCACCAUACCCGUAACCCCUUCCCUGCGCCCCAUCUGGUUCUCUGGUCAGAGCAAAACAGAACCUCCUUCUAGGUCAUCUAAAUCUUCAUCUCCUACAGGAACCCCCGGUCCGUCUACCUCGAGUAGUCCAAAAGAUUCAAAACCCGGCGCAUUCGACAGAGCUCUGUCCCGCUUAUCCGCCGGUCGUCGCUCACUUUCACGAUCAUCUUCGCCACAGCCACCUCCCGUUUACGACAACUUGCAACAUGGGUACGACUUGCUUGAUGCUGUACUUUCGCAUUAUCUGCCAGGCGAUAUCGACCCUGAUGAGGCUAGUGUUCGGGAACGGUGUCGAAAGGAAGCUGACUCGUCGCUGGAUGAUAUCGUUUCCCCGUUGGUAUUGCUUGUCACCAAGUUGUGUAGUUCAGACGAGACCUCGAAGAAACGAUUACGACGGUGGAUAUUACCGGAUGACCUGGAUCGAACGUCUCCUCUAGAAGGUCGUGCGGAUCUCUUGGGACGGUGUCUCAGGUUGUUGGGUUGCGUUCAUCAUCCAAGGUUAAAGGAUGCUGCGGGUGAGAUGUUGUAUGCAGUGUGCGAUUCUGAUGCGAGCACCCUGGCGUCCUAUGUCGGAUACGGCAACGUCGCCGGUUUCCUCUUCAAUAAAGGUAUCAUGAGUGCACCACCACGCACGGCAACCUCUGCAGCUGCACCUGCAACGACUACCUCGGGUGUACCUAUCGAUCCUAUCACUGGUACCGCCCAGAAGGAACACGAGCCUUUGGACAUGACUGACGAAGAGAAAGAACGCGAGGCGGAGAAACUGUUCGUGUUGUUCGACAGGUUGGAGCGGAAUGGCGCGCUACCACCGAACCAAAAUCCUAUUAGGAAAGCGAUACAGGAAGGGAAGUUGGGAUGAUGCUGAUUUGACGUAUAGGUAAUCAUGGCCAAAACGAAUGGAUGAAUGGACGAUGCAAUUAUGUGAUGAUGCAUGCGUAAUGAUUCCGAGGAUGAAGGUGUAGCUAUAUAUUUUCCCUGUCUCUCUACCGCCAUCCUUCUUCCACUGCCCCCUGCUCAUGAUUUGAUUUUUGCCUUUGACUCGACUCAUACACAUUUUUAUCCGUUUCUUUCGAAUACGAUACACAACCUUCAUUCUCAUACCCUUUUUCGUUCACUCAUAAUCAUAUAUCCGUCCCUACCUUUUCUUAGGCGUCAUACCGUUGAAUUGUAGUGUUGCACAGGUUGCUUGUUUGUCUACCUAUUGACUUGUACAACCCGGCUCUCUAUAAAGUAAUGAAUGAUACACUGUUAUAAUACAUUCUGCGAAGUGUG